AUGUCUUUCGCAAAGAAUUUACCAACCGUGCAGCCAUACUAUCCACUCGUCGGAAACGCAUUGUCGGUACUGUGGAAAACCAACGAGGAGCAGUUCGAUUACCUAUAUAAUGCGUUGAGUCAUCCUGCCAAACUGUUUACUAUUUGGUUAGGCGUUUUUCCGUUCAUUAGCACCAAUGAUCCGGUUAUUAUUCAGAAAAUACUCACACAUCCGCAUGGUAUACAGAAGCCAUACUUUUUCGAUUUCUUCAAGUUAGAAUUUAGUGUUCUUAUAGCACAACCUAGUCUGUGGAAAACUCAGCGUAAAGCACUAAAUCCGUCAUUCAACCAAAAGAUUUUAAACGGAUUCAUUCCCAUUUUUGACCGCUGCGCACAAAGCUUAGUUAAAGAUCUAUUGCAGAGUCCGGAAGGUGAACAAAUCCUAGUAACAAAUUUAAUGACUCGGUGUGCCCUGGCGAUGGUUUGUGCCACUACAAUUGGUUCUGACAUCAAUGAAGACCCAGAUGCAGAAAAAUUUGCUUACUUGAUGAAUGGUAUAAUAGAGUUCGCAUCGAAACGUUUUCUGAAUCUUGUUUUAUACAUUGAAUCUAUCUACCGACUGACGAAGGAUUUUAAAAUGGAAGAAGCCAUGCGAGAAGAAGCUUUAAAAUUUAUCGAUAAGGUGUUUCAGAAUGCCUUGAUUAAGAGAGCGGAACGUUCAAAGAUCUUUGAGGGUGGCGACCAGGACGAUUAUCGGAAACCAAAAAUUUUUAUAGACCAAUUGUUAGAUCUUCACGAUCAGCAGAUUCUUAGUGACAUUGAGCUACAUCAUAAUGUUUGCAUAAUGAUUAUUGUGGGUAGUGACACUACUGGAACUACAAUGGGAUUCAUCGCACAGUUGUUUGGUAUUUACCCACAUCUUCAAGAAAAAGUAUACCAGGAAAUUAAAGGGACAUUUCCGUCGGAUAGCGAACUUGACUUUACUCCCGAGAGAUUGGCACAGCUGCAAUACACAGAAAUGUUUAUUAAAGAAAGCCUUAGACAUUUUCCAGUAGCCCCGAUUAUGUUGCGACAAACAACGGGCGAUAUCGAACUGGAUGAUACCACAAUUCCCACUGGUACCUUACUUCAAAUGAGUAUUUAUAAUUUGCAUCGACGAAAGGAUCUUUGGGGACCUGAUGCGGAAGAUUUUAAUCCGGAAAAUUUCUCUGAAAAAUGCAUCAAGGGUCGGCGUCCAUUUGCAUAUAUUCCAUUUGGUGGCGGUAACCGGAACUGUAUCGGCAAUCGAUACGCUAUGAUUAGCAUGAAAAUAAUGGUCGUGCACUUGCUGAUAAACUUUAGAUUUAAAAGUGACUUGUGUCUUAAGGACUUGCGAUUGAAGUUCAAUGCUAUGCUGAAAUUUUCUAAAGAACCGGGCUUACUUUUGGAACGUCGUGUAACACUGCCGGUAUUCACAACGAACGAGAAGAGAAAAGGACAGCGAAUGACGCAUCGACACAAUUCGGACGAAAUUCUCCCGGCGCACGCUAUCCUGCCGGUCGACACGUGGAUCGCCCAACAUCCACAUACUGAAGCAUCGGACGGACCGGAGUCCUCCGGUGAGGCUAGUGGCCGUUCCCGGUUGAGUAUUCCCGGAAAGCAGCUAAAAAAUCAUCCAGCAUCGUAA